CAAACAAAUUUAUAAUAUGUAAAUAACUAAAAACACAAAAAAAAACAUCUUGCUUUGGAAAACAAAAAUCCCCUUCAGUGUACAAUCACGCUAUACUACCGCGAAUUGAACGCACAUACAUACAUACUUACGUUCUUAGGAAUUUAUUUAGUAAAUUUAAGAAACUUGAAUAAGAAAAAAGCAAAAAUGUAUUGCAAUAAAUUUUUUUGGCUACCAAUACUUUUCGCGUCAUUGCAAGUGGCCUACGCACAAUAUUAUUCUUGCUUAACACCCUACAACACGUACGGCCGCUGUGUGCCUUACAACAAAUGUGAAUUUCUUCAAAAACUCUUCACUCAGUACGGUCUUUCACUGCCACAAAACUAUUUAGCGGAUAUACAAAAGUCGCGCUGUCAAGGAAGCACACCUGGGAUACAUAUCUGUUGUGAUGACACUCUUUCCCCAACUCCCGCCCCAGAACCUACACCAUCGAGCGGAGGAGGCGAUAAGAAGGAUACGGAUUAUGUGGCGUCGAUGAAUCAACAGGGUUUGAGCAUAUUGCGUGCACAAAAAUGUGGCGGCGCUGGCGGAGAGCGUGUGUCGCAUGGGCAAAAUGUCGAUCUGUACGAAUUUCCUUGGAUGGCACUGUUAAUUUACAGUAGUCAGGAGGAUCGCUUCAAGUGUGGUGGAUCACUUAUAACAGAUAACUAUGUAUUGACUGCAGCGCAUUGUAUGGUGGGCGUGUCUGAGAAAAUAAUUGGCGUUCGUUUGGGCGAACAUGAUUUAACCGAGGAAGAGGAUUGCAUAACAGUCAAUCAACGUCGCAUCUGUGCACCGCCAGUGGAAGACAUUGGUGUGGAAAAGACUAUACCGCAUCCAGAUUUCAAUAAUGCGCGCAAAACAAAUGAUGUCGCUUUGGUGAAACUCGUACGUUCAGUACAGUUCAAAAAACACAUCAAGCCAAUUUGUUUGCCUAUUAUCCCAGAAGCUGCACAAAUACCCAGAGACCGGCGCUUCUUCAUAGCUGGUUGGGGCGGCACUGAAAAUAGCAAAACAUCGAAUAUAUUGCAAAAGGCGUUGGUGCCAUUCAAAACGCGUGAGCAAUGCCAAAACAUUUUCCGACGUACGCGCAUCAAUGAUAAUCACCUCUGCGCGGGUGGUGAUGGCUUGAUUGACACAUGCAAGGGUGACUCUGGUGGCCCACUGUUCUAUUUGGCACCCUACAGUGGGGCGCACAAAUCUUUACGCUAUGUCCAAUAUGGUAUUGUGUCCUUUGGUGGCACAGAGUGUGGCAGUGAUAAGAAUUCCCCAGGCAUAUACGCCAAUGUUGCCAACUUUAUGCCAUGGAUAACCAGCCAUAUUGUUUAGACACACCGACAUACAUAUAAAUUCUAAUUGAAAUGCAAUGGAAUGACGAUUUGUUUGUGCAAUAUUUAUUAUUUUAAUUAUUUUUUAUACGCUAACGUGUUUUCCUUUUAAUUUAUCAUUUAAUACGUAUUUAUGUAGUAGUAGUAUUUAUAUACAAACAUAUUAUUUAAACUCAAACAUAGGUUAACAUAUACAUACAAGCAAGU